CGCAAUACCUAGCACAAUUCUACUUAUUCAUCAAGUUUUUCCAACCAUGGCCUCAAGGACUUCUAGCCUCAAAUUCUUCUCACUACUAAUCUGUUCGAUUGCCAUUGUUCAGAUGGCGGCCGCUGGAGACCCAGACAUUAUUACUGACUUCAUUGCUCCUCCAAAUGGAACAGUAGAUGGAAACUUCUUCACGUACACUGGCUUUCGUGUUCUUGUUGGAGGAGGCUCUCCUCCCACAGCUUUCACGGUGUUGAAGGCAACCUUGGCAGAGUUCCCUGCUCUUAAUGGGCAGAGUGUUUCUUAUGCCGUCCUUCAAUUCCCAUCCGGCACUACUAACCCACCGCACACUCAUCCUCGCUCUGCUGAGCUCCUUUUCCUUGUUGAUGGUACCCUUGAAGUCGGUUUUGUUGACACGAAAAACAACCUCUUUACCCAGACUCUGCAAGCAGGUGAUCUGUUUGUGUUUCCUAAGGGACUUGCCCACUUCCAGUACAACGCUGAUUCACAAAACCCAGCUCUAGCAAUUUCAGCCUUCGGAAGUGCAAAUGCAGGAACAGUAUCAAUCCCGAGCACCUUGUUCGCCACCGGCAUUGACGACAAUGUCUUGGCUAUCUCCUUCAAGACAGAUGUAGCCACUAUUCAAAAGCUGAAGGCUGGCCUUGCUCCCAAACCAUAAAGAUAGAGUCACAACAUCACAGAAUUAAUAAGCAGUAGUUUAAUGUCUUUGUGCUUUUUAUUUUUAUUUUUAUU